AUGGGCGCGGGUGAGGUGCUGCUGCUGGCCGGGCUGCUGGUGCUGCUGGUGUCCGUGUCGCUGCUGUCCAACGCGCUAGUGCUGUUCUACUGCGCCUACAGCGCCUUCCUAGUGCACCUGUCGCUGGGCCACCUGCGAAUGGCCGCGUUGGACAUCUCCUUCACGCUGCUUGGCGUGCUGCUUGGGCGGCCGCCGUCGGGGACCGGCGUGUGCCAGGCCGUCGGCUUCCUGGACACUUUCCUGGCGUCCGACCCUGCUCUGGGCAUGGCGGCGCUGAGCGCGGACCAAUUACUGGCGGUGGACUUCCCUCUGCGGUACGCCCGGGCGCCUGCGACCUUGCGACUCCGGCUGCUACUAGCCUACACAUGGGGACACUCCCUGGCCUUCGCGCUCACCGCGCUCGCCGGCUCCUGGAUGGGCUACAGCAGCACCUUCGCACCCUGCUCGCUGCGACCCUAACCAGAGCGCCUGUGCUUCGUCGCCUUCUCCACCGCGCUCCACGCCGCCGCCCUGCUCAGUCACUCAAGGUGAUGUGGGUGGCGCAGCCACUGCUGGCGCAUUGACAUCAUCACAAUGCAGGCGCUUGUGCUGCUGGUGGACCUGCACCCCAGUGUGUGGCAGCACUGGCUCAGUGAACAGAAGAGGCGCUGCUGGCGAGCCACCAGGAAGAUUGGCCCCAUCAUCGGGUCCUUCAUUGUCUGCUUUGCCCCCCAUGUGGUGAACAGGGGCCUGGGGAAGAUCCCGUACAAAGGAUCUAGAGCCAUUGUCCCAUGUCAUGAUGAUGGCUGGCUGGAUCUGUGUUUCUGCGUGGAGGGUUUUGGGGAUUCUCAUUCAUGA